CUCUCUUCCAUUUCCCCGUGAGGAAGCUCCUCUUUGGCAGCAUUCUUGGGGUGUGAUACCUGUAUCAUUCUCCCUCUUCCCACCUGUAAAUGCUAUGCCAUCAAAGAACGGCCUCACUCCGCAUGUUCUGAGAGACGUCAAAUAGUGAAUGCGGUGUUUAUGGCGGUAGUUCUGGCCCCUCAGCUCUACGUCAUGGGGAGGCCAAAAUCCUCAAGAUACUGCAGGCAACCUCUUCUGAACAACCUGUCAGCCACUUUAGCUCUGUCCAUCGUCGCUUCAGGUUUUUCAGUGGUAUUCACGCUACUAGAUCCAGUUCCUCAGGGCUUGUGGGCUGCCUAUCAUGCGUUUGGACUCUUGUCAUGUGGGCAUGGACUGUGCACCGCCAUCCUGACUCUAACGGCAGCCGCUUGUGCCAAAACUACCACAGAGCUGUACUACAUGUCUGUCGCUCUAACAGUCGCCUCUGCAUUCAGCACAGGGUUUUUCAUGGUGAGAUCAGGACUGUGGUUAACCAAAAGGCAGGCGGUGACGGGGACAAGCAGAAACAACGGAUGAUAAAACGGGUCCACCUGUCCUCGCGCUGACAUCGGAUACAGUGCACUUUUAAAGAAUUCAUGAGGGCUUUGAGCCACCGGCAGAUGGUAACUUAAAACCAUGAACAAAGGCAAAAAAGUGCAAGCUCUGGUUUUCAAGCUUGCUGCAGGAUAACAGAUGCGGUUGUUAGAAAUGUAUGCAGCAUGCUGUCAAAUAAACUAACAGAUGUGUAGUUUAUGCUGUUAUCUAAACUGUACAUACAUGUAUAUAUACUGUAAAACCAAACAGAUCAAAACAGAUGUUUCCAUAGAUAAAAGGCAAUGUCUAAAUUUAUGACUGAAUGUAAAAUUCAAGCGCUAUUAUGUUUUAAUUUCCAGGCUUUAUCACCACCUUAUUGUUUUGAAAAACCACCAUGUUUGUAAGAAAGACAUAAAGGCUCAAGGUGUUGAUUUAACAUCCUUGUCACACAAAAUGAUAUGUGCUGGUUUGAAGAAGUAAACUGAUGUGUUUGUC